AUGUUUUCGACAACCAGCGUCGCGGAGACAAAGCUCUCGGAGCUCUGGACUGUACUCAAGUGCGCUCUCGACACCCGGGACCCUCAUCUCUUCGAGAUUCUCACCGGCCACGCGGCCCAGCCCACUCCCAAGGACACCUUCCUAAGUGGACUCUUAAGUACACUAAUGUCAACGCCACUACUCCACAAACAGUUCGUUAUCAAGUGGCGCACCGCCUACACCGAAUUCGCCGAGCUCAACAGCCUUUAUCCUUCGACCACCGAUUCUUCUGAGUACAUUCUUAUUAGCAUCUUCUCCGACUUCAUCAUCUCUAAGAAUCGACGUCUCGCUAGUCACCCCAAUUUCACUACCCAUCCCGUCUUUUACAACGCCAAUUCGACUUACAACAACAAGUCCGGCAACGCUCCCACAAACUCGAAGCAAUUCUACACUUUCCACCAGUGUAAAACACUGUACACUUCAGAGCUAUACCAUCUCAACACCGCUAACGCCAACUUCAAGUCAGCUAACGCGAUCAACCUUCCGGCUAUCAACGAUCUGGCUCCCACUACAGCCAAUGCCGUCACCGGUGACCCUAUACCACGUUACAACAACCUUUUAGCAACCAAGUUUCAACAACCAACAUUCGAAAACAAGGGUAAUACUUAG